AUGCUCAUUUGCAUCGGCGUUCCGUGGGACGCCUUCGACGGUCCCGAACGCAGCAGUUUGUUGCACGAGCGUUCCCCGAUCUUGCGGGGGCCGCCCUUGCGGCAGGACAGGCGAUCAGCUGUGCUGCCGCUAGCGCAGCGCGUGGGGUCGUCAAUGGGGGCUUGGCACCAGGGGACAGGCACGCCCCGAGAGCACCGAUGCUGUUUUCUGAACGGCCUCCGCAGGCUUCCAGGCUCCGCCACGACGGCCCCGGGCCAGCUUCAGUGGGCGCUCGAGGCCCCAGACGAGCACCCCGAGAGGCAAAAGUAA